AUGGACGACCUUUUCUCUUUCCUCGAUGGCGUUCCCACAGAACAAGAAGUAGAGGAAGAGGAGAACUUGGACGCUCUAGGCUCAGAACUGCUCACAAAGAAAAGAAAAGCGGAGGCAGAAUUAGUGGAUUCAUUACAAUCAAACGAACGAUCUCCCCCACCCUCGAAGAAACAGAGAAAAGAGUCAACUCCUCCUCCGAACCCAGUGAUCACCGAUGAAUUUGAGACUGAAGCAAAACGCGAGGUUGCCGCAAGCGCUGGAUUACAGGGAGGGGUUGAAGCCGGUUCAAGGUUGGAACUUAGGCAUCAGGUUCGACACCAAGUUGCCGUUCCUCCUGGAUACAAUUACAUUCCAAUAUCAAGUCAUGUACCUCCCGCGAAACCACACAGAGAAUACAAGUUUGAAUUGGAUCCCUUUCAGAAGGUAUCACUAUAUGCCAUCCAAAGAAAUGAAAGUGUACUGGUAUCUGCUCAUACAAGUGCUGGAAAAACGGUUGUUGCGGAGUACGCCAUCGCUCAGUGUCUUGCUAGGAAACAAAGGGUUAUCUACACGAGUCCAAUCAAGGCUCUCAGUAACCAGAAAUAUCGAGAAAUGUUAGCGGAGUUUGGAGACGUUGGGCUCAUGACCGGAGACGUAACCAUAAACCCUUCUGCGACUUGCUUAGUGAUGACGACCGAAAUUCUUCGCUCCAUGUUAUAUCGAGGCUCUGAAAUCAUGCGCGAAGUCGCGUGGGUCAUCUUCGAUGAAAUCCAUUAUAUGCGGGACAAAGAGCGUGGUGUCGUAUGGGAAGAGACCAUUAUUCUCCUUCCUCACUCUGUCCGAUACGUUUUUCUCUCAGCCACGAUUCCCAAUGCUAUGCAGUUCGCAGAGUGGAUAUGCAAGUCGCAUGAGCAACCUUGUCACGUCGUGUACACGAAUUAUCGGCCUACUCCUCUCCAACACUAUCUCUUCCCCAAAGGAGGAGAGGGGAUAUACCUCGUCGUCAAUGAGAAGGGUGAAUUUAGAGAGGACAACUUCAGCAAGGCUAUGGGAGAGCUGCAGGAGCGAGCCGGUGAGGACCCAGCAGAUCCUCGAAGUGGGAAAGGCAAAAAGGGAAAGUCGAGGAAGGGUGGCGAGAAGAAAGGCGCAUCUGAUAUCUCAAGAAUCAUCAAAAUGAUCAUGGUCAAAAAUUUUAAUCCCGUCAUCGUUUUCUCAUUCAGCAAACGCGAGUGCGAAGCCAACGCUCUUGCAAUGUCAAAAUUCGAGUUCAACUCUACAGACGAACAAGAUCUUGUCUCCAAUAUCUUCAACAACGCCAUUGAGAAUCUCUCUCCCGACGACAGACAACUUCCCCAAAUCGUUAACUUACUGCCUUUACUGAAGCGUGGUAUCGGGAUACAUCAUAGUGGAUUAUUACCCAUCCUGAAAGAGGUUAUCGAGAUCUUAUUCCAAGAAGGCCUGAUCAAAGUCCUCUUCGCUACAGAGACGUUCUCAAUAGGCUUAAACAUGCCCGCAAAAACCGUCGUAUUCACGGACACACGCAAGUUUGACGGACGAGAACAACGAAACCUUUCUUCGGGAGAAUACAUCCAGAUGUCUGGGCGUGCUGGGCGUCGAGGCUUGGAUGAUAGAGGUGUGGUUAUUAUGAUGUGUGAUGAGAAACUGGACCCUACAUCCGCUAAAGAGGUGAUCAAGGGAGAAGCAGAUCGGUUGGAUUCGGCGUUUCAUAUAGGGUACAAUAUGGUGAUGAACUUGAUGAAAGUGGAAGGGAUCAGUCCGGAAUAUAUGCUGGAGAGGUGUUUCCAUCAAUUUCAGAGUAAUGCAGGAAUACCCAAGUUGGAGGAAGAAUUGAAAGCGGAAGAGCAAUCCAAGAGUUUAUUAUCGAUACCGGAUGAAGCCCAGGUAGCCGAAUAUUACGAGUACCGCCAGCAACUUGACCAGAUGGCCUCCGAUUUUAGACUGGUCAUCACACACCCGUCUUACUCGUUACCUUUCUUACAACCAGGACGCCUAAUUAAAGUGAAACAUGAAAAACUGGACUUUGGUUGGGGAGUGGUGGUAAACUUCACGAAACGAUUACCUCCAAAAAACAGGCCAGUUCCUAAACCAGACUCCGACCUACCCCCACAUGAACAAUACAUCAUCGACGUUCUCUUGAAUGUCUCUACCUCUGACUCAACCAUCACAAACAACAAAGACCGCUCAAAUAUCACUCCGACGCCUGGGAACAUCCGACCGUGCGCACUCAAUCAAAAGGGCACACCUCUAAUCGUCCCAGUACUUCUUUCAAUUGUAGAAAGCAUUAGCCACAUUCGUGUGCACCUCCCUAAGGAUCUGCGACAGGAACAAGCCAGAGAGACGGUUUGGAAGAGUGUAUUGGAAGUGCAUAGGAGAUAUCCCGGGGCUGUUAUGUUGCUAGAUCCUGUUAAGAAUAUGGGGAUCAAGGAUGAUAAAUUUUUGGGUCUUGUGAAGAAAAUCGAAGCCAUGGAAAGCCGCAUGUUUUCUUCCCCCUUACACUCGUCCCCACAACUCCCGGAAUUACUCUCCCUCUACUCUGAAAAGCGCGAGUCACAAGGCCGGAUUCGCUCACUGAAGAAACGAAUCCAAGCUACUCAGGACGUUUUGCAGCUGGAAGAACUCAAAUGUCGGAAACGCGUCCUCCGACGCUUUGGGUUCACAACAUCGGACGACAUCGUGGAUACCAAGGGGAGGGUAGCAUGUGAAAUAAGUACGGGGGAUGAGAUUCUUCUGACCGAGAUGAUCUUCAGUGGAGUGUUCAAUACGCUGGAGCCUGAACAGUGUGCGGCAGUGUUGAGUUGUUUUGUGUUUGAUGAGCAGAGCAAACAUCCAACAAAACUGAAAGAAGAACUCGCCGCCCCGUUACGAGUCAUGCAAGAAAUUGCCAGACGGAUAGCCAAAGUAUCGAAAGAGUCUAAGCUACCCAUUGAUGAAGAUCAAUACGUAGCUUCGUUCAAGGUGGAAUUAAUGGACGCUGUCCUGCAGUGGUGCAAGGGGGCGUCGUUUUCUGACAUAUGCAAGCUCACGGACCAAUUUGAAGGAUCUCUUAUCCGGGUGUUUCGUCGUUUAGGGGAACUCCUCCGUCAGAUGGCCAUGGCUGCGAAAGUGAUCGGAAACACGGAGCUGCAAGAAAAGUUUGAGAAGACGUCGGAGAUGCUGGAACGCCCGAACUCGGUCAUUUUCUGUUCAUCCUUGUACCUGUAG